AUGAUAAUGAUAGAAACGGAGGCUGUUGAAGGGAAACGAUCAAGAGGAGGGUUUCUACAUCUGUUUGAUUGGCCUGGUAAAUCCCGGAAGAAGCUCUUCUCCUCUACCACCACCUCGGAACUCUCCGGAGCAUCAAAGCAAGAGAAACAAAAUGCUCAAAACCUCUUAAAGUCAUGGCCCUCUCUGAUUGAUGGUGAUGAGAUUGGAAAGAAUUCGACUUACAAUCUGAGAAGCGACUCAAGUUGUUCGACAUCCACUGUUACUAGUGAUGACGGACAAGUGUCAAGAUCCCCGAGUGUGGUCGCGAGGCUCAUGGGUUUGGAGUCCCUACCUCGGUCUAGUUCCGAACUUGAGCCAUUCUUUCACAGAUCUUCAUGCAAGACAAGCACAUGGGACGCAUAUGAGAAUUUGGGUUAUGUAAAUCUCUGCACUGACUAUGAUGGCAUUUCUUGGGACCAUUUGGAUUCGAGAAUGAAUCUUGAGCGUAACCGGCCUCCUAUUAACCGCUUCCAAACCGAAACAUUGCCUCCAAGGUCAACUAAACCAAUAUCUGUAACUCACAAUAGGCUCUUGUCACCCAUCCGGAGUCCUGGGUUUGUUCAGUCCAGGAACCCUGCUUAUGUAAUGGAAGCAGCUUCUAGAAUGAUUGAACCAAGUCCUCGCGUAGCUGCUAAAGCACGGUUUUCAUCGUCUGAUUCUUCUUCAUCACUUCCUAUGAGUAUCAGAGACUUGAAAGAGAAGCUCGAAGCUUCACCGAAAAGACCAACCCCUCAGAUCUCUAAUGGUACCUGCAACAAUAAGAAUUCAAGAGGGAAGCACGAUGAGAAGAGAACUACAUCAUCAGUCAAGACUCAAGAGACAAAUAAGUUAUUGGGUAAAACCAGUUUUGAUGGUUUGAAGGGUAAAGUGAAGCCUCCUUCUCACGCAAGAGCCAAUACUAUUCACAAGCAAUCAAUGCCCACAAGUGGCAACAGAGGCACUAAGGAGACGAUGGAAACUAAGAACAGUGUGAUGAAAAAUAGUCUCAAAGAGUCUUCUGCUAGCACUGGGAAAACUGUGGCUAAGCCAAAUAACCAGAAACAGAACCAGUUCGCUGUGACGUCUGUUUCAAACCAGAAAGGUGGCAAAUUGAUGAACAAAGUUGUAAACAAGGUUUUGGUGGAGAGCGGAACCACAUCUAAAAAGCCUGGUUUUACAGCAACAUCGGUUGAAAAGAACACUACUUUAUCUUUGCCCCGCAAAAAGAUUCUUCCCCGCAACAAAAAACCGCAAAAUGGUGGGAUGCAAGAACCUGGAAUGAGCAGUGAUAAACGGAUCAAAAGGGGUGAACAGUCGAUAAAAUGUAACAUCACAGUUGAUGGCAGUUUUAAGACAGGGGAAGAUGAUCGAAAGAAGGACAUGGAUGUGAUUUUGUUCACUUUCUCAUCUCCGAUCAAGGGUAUAUCAUCCGGUUCACGAUACUCCACUGAAAAGACCAAUCAAGAUAGAUAUGCGAUCGACGACGACUCUCUAAAUAUUCUGUUGGAGCAAAAGCUCAGGGAGCUAACCUCUAAGAUCGAGUCAUCUUGCAGUAGCCUUACCCAAGAAGAAGAAUCCUCAGGUUCCAUUUCAAAGGAUUGGGUGAAUGGGACGAUAUCAUUGCCAUCAGAUGAUCUGGAUAAAGUUCCAUCAGAGAGCGAAUCUGUUUCUGACUCUACCUCAUUCUACAAUAACCAAAUAUUCCAGACGAAUACGGUUGGGGUUGAUAAUACGUUCAGGAAGAAGUUCGAUACGGAAGAGUAUCGGGAACGAGCACGUGAACGCGAAAGGAAGCUUAAUCAUGCGGGGUUUACUUCUCGAUGCAGGAGUCGGAUCGGUCUAAAUCUCGGCGUAGGGUUUGCUUUUGCAGCCAAAGGCCCUCCUGUGCAAAGAGCCCCUUUGAAGCAUAGAGAUUAUCAUGUAGACCUUGAAUCUCGUCUUGGCAAGACGCAGGUUGUUACACCGGUUGCGCCUCUAAGUCAGCAGGCGAAAUUGUUUAUGUUUCCCACAGAUCAAAGGGCGUUGGGAAUGUCUAUGCGGGUGGAAAGAUCGUCUCUUGAACAAGUCCAGGAGCGGUUCGAGGUGUUAAAGAAGCGGAAAACGCCAGGAACUUUCACAGAACAAGAAAACAGGAACUAUUCUGUAAUGCAUAGUAGAUUUGGGAUAACUGAGUUUGAUCAUGAUCUGGGAAUAGACCUGGACGAACGCAUCCGGAAACAGCAAGAAGAAGAGGAAGAGCUAAAACGGCAGAGGCGGGAGAAAAAGAAAGAGAAGAAGGCAAGGAAGGCGAUGGAAGAGGAGCCUGAGAUGGAUCCUGAGGUUGCAGAGAUGAUGGGAUUUGGGGGCUUUGGGUCUUCGAAGAAAUCAUGA